AUGCUGGCUCAUUCUGCCCGUGGUGCUGCGGCAUCGCAUUGCGAAACACGGCCGCGCAGUACCCCCCCCCCAACAACCCUGGUGGGCGGCCGCCCGUCGCUCCCCCCCCCCCCCCCCCCUCCCCCUGACCGCUCAAGCAGAAGUCCAACGGCCGAUCGGCCGCAGAGCUGCGAGAGGGGCCCCGCGGCACCAGCUGAAAUGCCUAUCGCGUGCCGGCGCUGCUGCAGACGAACAAACCGAGCAUGGGGCACGGAUGGGCCCGAUUCAUCGAGAGCGAGGCGGCCAGAGUUCCGCGUGGAAAGCGGCGCGCUCUCCAUUGUUGCAUACCGGCCGGCUGCUCGGCACCGCGAAAGUGUAGCACUCUGCGAUUCUCGUGCCAAUUCGUCCGCCGCGUUCCCAGAUCCCACC